AUGGCCCAAUGGCAAAAAUAUUACGAUAAGAUAUCUAAAUAUGAAAUAUAUGAGCUAAAUCUAAAAGAUAUUUUGAAAUUUGAGGAGAAAUCUGUAGAGAAAUCUGAGAAGGAACCUGAACAAUUGAUGAUUAUGAAUAAAAGUUUAAAUUUUACAAAAAUAGGAAUAUACAGUGUAAAGCUGUCACAAAAUAUUAUAUCUGAAAUACUAAAUAAGCUUUAUGAUAUGAAUGAUUCGAUAGCUUAUAUAGCAGAUUUUGAUUACGAAUAUCAAUUAGAAAAUACAAGGGCACCUGACCGUAACAUAUACAGAAUGAAACAAAUAGCUAAAAAUUUCGUAACGAACACUUGCAUCUCUGAUGAAAUUAAAUACUUGUUAACAACCGAAUCUUCACGAAGUGCUAAUUGCGAUUUAACCAAGAGAUAUUGCAAUAUGAGAUUGUAUAAUUAUUUGAGGAAACAUGUGGUGUUUGGAAAGUGGAAAAAUUUCACAAAACCAGCUGAACAACAGCUAAUGGAACAAGCUGCUACUAUUUUGGCUCAAUAUUUUCAACCAGAAAAGGAUAUAUUUUACUCGCGCAUAAAAGCAUCAUUAAAUACUAUCGCACAAAACGCACGGAAUUUGCUCAGAAAAAAAUAUCCCGAUCAUUCGAUAUUAUUAACGUCUGCCGAAAAUUUUUCCUAUUGGGAAAAUAACAAUAUUAACGAUAAUUAUUGGGACGAAGAGGAAGGAACUCAAAUUAUGGAUACACUGCAAGAAUAUAUAUUUGGUGAACUCAACUUUCGAAUUAACCAAAAGGAAGACGAUGAUGAUAUGAAACAGUAUUGUAUAGAUAAUGUCUUAGAAAAUAAAUAUGGCGAUCAUAAUAUUAUAUUAACAAUAUAUCACAGCGUGGCCAGGAGACUUGGUCUACGGUGUGAUAUAAUUGAAACUAAUGAAGAAAUAUGUAUAUUGUGGAAACCUAAAUAUGCCACGAACAGCUUAGAAUAUGUAAGGUGUUUUUACAUGAAUUUUGACAAAUUCUCGAAUUGUUCUAUCAAGAUGUAUGUUUUAGAACUCUCUGAAUAUUACUACAGAACGUCAGCUAUUGAGGUUGGCAAUUAUUCAUAGAUGAACCACGAAUUUCUGAAACACAUCUUAUAACUAGAAAAAAUAUAUCAUUUCUCACUUUUUCUUUUGUAAUCGCAACUUCA